UCAUAAAUAAGAAAGCUAGUUAUAACAACCAUUUAUAGAAUGAAUGGAGAGCUAGAGCAAUUGCUAAGAAGAGAAGCAACCGGAGCAGUCAUGGAUUGCUGCAUUUGCAGUCCCACAGCAUCUGUUUUCAGGCUCCCAAGAAACAAUAUCUGCUCAAGCUGCCAUGAAGGAGCAAGAAACAUGGCAACCUUCUUUGAUGAAUUGUAUUCCAGUCAACACAAGGGAAUUUUGGUUCAGGGACUUGCAGAUGUUUUCAAGAGGUUGCAGGAAAUGAAAGAAGUGGAACAAGGGGUUCAUAACAAAAUUGGAUUCCUGGAUAGCUUUGUCCUUGCUUUCAGAGAAGGAUUACACACAGAUAUACUUGUGAAACCAGGCACUGGACCAGCAAUACCUGCACAUAAAGCAAUCCUUGCAACAAGAUCAGUAAUAUUCAAGACAAUGUUAAGUUCGGAUGAAUGCAAAGCACCUGCAAAUGAAACCAUCACACUACCUGAAUUGAAACAUGAGGAGCUAAAAUGCCUACUUGAGUUCCUUUACAGUGGAAGUUUGGCAACUGAUGAUGUUGAAAAACACACCUAUUCAUUAUUGAUCGCCGCCGAUAAAUACGAGAUUGGAUUCUUGAGAGAAUUUUGUGAGCAGAGAUUGCUUGAAUCACUAGACAGCGCAAAUGCAUUAGAAGUUCUUGAGGUUUCAGGAGUUUGCUCUAGUGGUUUGUUGAGAAAACAAGCCAUGAACUGCAUAAUUAAGAAUUUGGAGUUCAUAGUUUAUACAGAAAGAUAUGAAGCAUUUGCUAUAAAGAAUCCACACUUAAAUGUUGAGAUUCUAAGGACUUUGAUGGAGAUGAAGAGAUUCUAAUAGACACAUUGGAUUGAAUCUUAAUUGUUCUCUUUUUUUCUUUUUCUUUUUUAGUAAAAGUGGAAUUGUUUUCUUUUUGGUUGGAUUAUAUUUUUUCAGAUGAAUUAUAUAUGAUAAAAGCGCCUGUGGUUCUGAUCCCUUUA